AUGACCGACAACAAUGGGAAUCUGCAACAUGCAGAGCCAUACAAGUCAAGCUCAGAUUGUGCAAUAGACAGAGGAAGCCUUGCUUUCUUGAAGACAAAGUUAGAGACAAGGGCCGGUGACAACGUUAUGAGCGUUCAUGUCACCGCAGUCCCGGUCAAGCUAGCCAGCACCGCAAUCGGGUUAAUUCGCACCAUUCUGCCAAACGACGGCGGCGUUGAUCUGCAGCACCUACGCCGAUUCGCCAAGUAUCACGAGGUCAAUGAUCAUGUCCGAAGUGCCUACGCAAAGGUAGCACCGAGGAACGACGGGCAUAUAGUCUUCGUGAUUGCAGCCCCAAUGGCGAUAACUACUCGGAAAUUCUUGGCGGAUUCCCUGUCUCCAACACUGGGUAGCCUCGUGUUCUUCUCGAUCGAUGUUCCCCUCCAGGCGCCUACGUCUCAAGAGCAGGCGGCCCUUUGGUCUUCUCGAUGGUGGCCUACAGUCUACAAGAAAAGCAACCCGUUUGGCCCCCAUCCAAGUAUAAUGGCCAGAGCUGAGGAGGAUAUCGAGGGCGAUGUCAGGAAGUGGAUGGACAUGGCCGCAGAAGUAGCUCAGCAAUCUAAGGCUGCAGGCUUCGGAGAAGCAGUUGGGGUGGUCAUCGUCGAAAGGAUAAAUGGGGUAUCUCGUCCUGUAGCAGUCGCUGCCGAUGCAAGGUGGUUGAACUGGCCCAGCCCAGGUCCUGGAAAUGUCUCAGCUCAUGCUGCACUUCGAGCUAUCGACAUGGUUUCCCAGUGGGUGCGCCGAAGCCACGAAGCCGGAGAAAAACAGGAAAUAACAACUAAGAAUGUCGGUAUAUUUCGAGGCAAGCCUAGUCUUCCACUCGAAGAAGAGCACUAUCGUGCGCAAACCAACCAAACCGGCUAUUUAUGCCAUGACCUUGAGAUAUAUUGUACCCACGAGCCUUGCGUGAUGUGUUCUAUGGCGAUCGUGCACUCGAGAUUUGGACGAGUUGUCUUCGAGAACCGAAUGCAUACUGGAGGGCUUUGUGCGGAUGGAGGCCUAGGGCAUGGUUUGUUCUGGCGUAAAGAGCUGAAUUGGCAACUGUUGGCGUGGCAAUGGACCCGACCUACUGCGGACACUGGAUUUGGAUUCGACCAACUCCGUAUCUCAGACAACAGGAACGCAUGCGACGAGCUUUCUUCAAGGGCAGAUUUAAACGCUUGA